AUGCAUUGUAACUAUUUUUUAAAAUCUCCGACAUACUCAAAACCUGUUGACGCACUUGACAAACUCGAAUUUACGAUGGGACGUACUGGAAAGAAGGCCGCACGGGCCAAACUGCAGAGAACCUCAGCCCAGGGCAAGUUCAUAUCUGGGCCAACCCAGUGUGACGGCGAAUCAGACUACGAAGAUUCUGGCAGUGACAGUGAUGCCAGUGUGUCAUCGACUGGUUCUCUCACAGUUGCAAGGCAGUUGUAUGCGAAAAAGUUUUCUGUGCAACAGAACCCAAUGAAGUGCAAGCAGCCCGUGGCAGUUGAAGACUGUGCGAAGCUCGAGAGAUUUGGCUUCUCACGCGACACCACUCUAAUGCGCAAGGACACCGUUUACAAUCCCGAGACAGAAGAUGUUGAUGUUGAGGGUUGGUAUGACAUUGAGGAAGCCAUAACUGACAUGGAUCUGAUGGAGUUUUGCAUCUCCUGCACUGAAUCUGGCCCUAUCGAGGAUGAUGAACUCGAUGAACAGGAGCUUCAGAAUACCCAAAAGGAUCUCGCAGAAGCAGUAGCUGGAGAAGAUGAAGAUCUUGCCAAUGAUGAAGCCAUGCAUACAGCAGAAGUCGAAGCAGCUCGCGAGUGGCUUGUCCUCGAUGAUGAUGACAGUGCUCUGUCCCAAAAAAACAUAUUCGAGAUUGUCAAGACCUGUCUCAAGGAAGUAAAGCGGCUCAAAACAAGUAAAAAAGUCAAAAUGAUGACUCAACUUACUGCUGUCACCGAGUACGCGAAGCUUCACGAGCGGUAUGCUGGCCACCCAAAAUGCCAGCGCCCAGCACUCAAUGCGAGCUUGGCCAUUGCAUAUCGCAUGGGGAAGGGCCCCUACUUUGCCCGCCAAAUUCGCGAAAAUGCAAGAUACCUCCUCAGGCACCAGCGAUUGCCGCUGUCACUUCGGAGUGCCCAGAAUGGCCAAUACAUGCUACUGGAUGAUGAAAAUGUCCUGCAGGUAGUUCGUUCCUACCUCGCGGCCCAGGCUAUCGGUACCAUCACACCCUUUGAGCUUUGCCGCCAUGUCAACAACGUCAUAAUUCCCACAUUGGACCUGACAGGGAAGAAAAGCACGAUCUGUGAAAGAAUAGCCAUCAGAUGGCUGGGAAAGCUGGGAUAUCAGUGCCGAGAUGUCAAGAAAGGUCUUUAUUAUGAUGGCCAUGAAAGGCCUGAUGUUGUCGAAGCACGGACCAAGUAUUUGGAGGAGAUGAAACGGUUAGAGCGGUUGAUGUGCAAAUAUGACGAUGACACGCUUGAGCCAAUUCCACCAGAACUUGGUCCAGGCAAAAAGGAGCAUGUUGUUGUGAUGUUGGAUGAAUCCAUUGUCGGCACAAAUGAGUCAGCUCAUCGGUGCUGGUUGAAAGAAGGUGAACAGCCUCUCAGGAGGAAAGGGAACGGGCGGGGAGUCCACAUCUGUGGUUAUAUCUGCGAAACAGUUGGCCAACUAAAGUUAUCCGACGAGCAAAUCACAGAGCAGCUGAAGUUGCUCGAAGAUCAGCGUCUAAAGGUGACGGAUUCGUGCAAGAUAAUCUACCCUGGAAAAAACCAUGACACGUGGUGGGAUCUCCAACAGUUGAUGGAUCAAACAGUCCACGCAAUCGACAUUUUCGAAUACCUCCAUCCCAACAAAGUAGGCAUCUGGGUCUUCAAUUGCUCAUCGGCACACGAGGGACUCGCACAUGACGCGUUGAACGUCAACAACAUGAAUAUCAAUACCGGCGGCAAACAACGUUCACUACGCACCACAAUCAUCCCUCUCAACAACCCUCCCCCACUCCCUGGCAAAGAUGACACCCGCGGAAGACCCCAGUCUAUGGUUUUCCCUGCUGAUCACCCCAACGAGGAGCUUCGAAACAAACCUAAAGGCAUGCAAGUGGUUCUUCAAGAGCACGAGUCGGUCUGGGAUGAGCUGAUGAAGAGGUCAAAGGCCGGGAAACCAGUGGGGAAGUGCAAGGAGUGCAAAAUGUCGGAGGUGAAGAAAGACGCCGCAAGACGUGUUGCAGAGGCAGAGGCUAUGGGCCAAGAGGAUGCAGUGCCGGAAGAUGAUGUCGCGCAGGCUGAUCAGCCCGAUAUUCAACCAGUGAGUGAUUGGUGCUGUAUGUAUCGUGUUCUCUCGUUGCAGGACGACUUUGCAAACGAAAAACCGAUGCUACAAAAAUACAUCGAGGGGCGCGGUCACAUUUGCAUGUAUCUGCCCAAGUUCCAUUGCGAACUUAACCCUAUCGAAAUGCUAUGGGGAUUUAUGAAGUACCGCUAUCGCAAAGUAUCAGAUGGCAAGUUCUCGACUGCCAAAGUCCUCGUGCCACAGUGUCUCAACAUGUGUGACACAAUCACGAUCCGACGCUUUUUCUGUAAGACAUGGCGCUACAUGGACUCAUACUCGAAAGGACUUGAUGCUUAUCAGACUGCAUUUGCAGUCAAAGUGUUCAAGUCACACCGUAGAGUCGGUCAUCCUGCCGAGAUUAAGGCUCUCAUGAGCCGCCGAUAA